AAAGCUUGGAACACGUAAUCACACAACGCCAAAUCACAAUCAGCGUCUCUCUUCUGCUUCUUUGUUCGUUUCGUUUCGUCUCUCGUUCUUCCGACUGAUUCUUCAGUUGUUCACAACAUGGCCACCGCUUCAGUGGCAUUCAAGUCCAGGGAGGACCAUCGCAAACAGAUCGAGUUAGAGGAAGCACGUAAAGCUGGGCUUGCACCAGCUGAGGUGGAUGAAGAUGGUAAAGAAAUUAACCCUCACAUUCCCCAGUAUAUGUCAUCUGCACCUUGGUAUCUUAAUGCUGAGAGACCUAGUUUAAAACAUCAAAGGAAGUGGAAAUCCGAUCCCAAUUACACCAAAUCAUGGUAUGAUAGAGGUGCUAAAAUUUUCCAGGCUGACAAGUACAGGAAAGGUGCAUGUGAAAACUGUGGAGCUAUGACACAUGAUGCUAAGUCAUGCAUGGAAAGACCAAGGAGAGUCGCUUUUGUAUUGAGGCAGCACUUCCUAGAAGCAAGUAUGAGGAGGAUGUUUACAUUAACAACCACACUACUGUUUGGGGCUCAUGGUGGAGGGACCACCAAUGGGGCUAUAAGUGCUGCAAGCAGACCAUACGUAAUAGCUAUUGCACUGGUGCUGCUGGUAUAG